GGCCGAGCCGACAUGUUGCGAUCUCCUGUCCCCAAACCCUACCCUGACCCGUGCCCAUCGCGGCGACGCUGACCGCAUCCUUCUCCUCUUCCUCGAUCUCCUUCUAUUAAUACCCGCCGCCCUGCUUUCCCUUCCUCCUCGAUCCGUCUCUCUUUUCUCUCCUACGCUCUAUCGCGCCAUCGUUUCGUUCUUCUUCCGAUCUCUCUCUUCCUGAACUCGAAGAUGUCUGCCUACUGCGGCCAGUACCACGAUGAGCUUAUCGCCAAUGCUACCUACAUUGGCACCCCAGGCAAGGGUAUCCUUGCUGCUGAUGAGUCCACUGGCACAAUAGGCAAGCGCCUUGCUAGCAUCAACGUGGAGAAUGUUGAGGAGAACCGCCGCUCUCUCCGAGAGCUUCUUUUUUGCGCUCCUGGUGCCCUCCAGUACCUCAGUGGUGUAAUCCUCUUCGAGGAGACCCUCUACCAGAAGACAGCCAGCGGGAAGCCUUUUGUCGAAGUGCUCAAGGAGGGUGGAGUCCUUCCUGGUAUCAAGGUGGACAAGGGCACCAUUGAACUCGCUGGUACCAAUGGCGAGACCACUACCCAGGGUCAUGAUGACCUGGGCAAGCGCUGCAAGAAGUAUUACGAGGCAGGGGCUCGCUUUGCCAAGUGGCGUGCCGUUCUGAAGAUUGGUCCAAAUGAGCCGUCGCAAUUGGCGAUCGAUGCAAAUGCUGAUGGGCUGGCACGCUAUGCUAUCAUCUGCCAGGAGAAUGGCCUCGUCCCGAUCGUAGAACCAGAGAUCCUCGUCGAUGGGCCACAUGAUAUCGCGAAAUGUGCUUAUGUUACAGAGCGGGUGCUUGCCGCUUGCUACAAGGCGCUAAACAACCACCAUGUUCUUCUGGAAGGAUCUCUGUUGAAACCAAACAUGGUGACACCAGGGUCAGAAUCCGCAAAGGUGGCUCCCGAGGUGAUCGCAGAGUACACCGUGCGAGCUCUCCAGAGGACUGUUCCUGCUGCUGUCCCUGCAAUCGUCUUCCUCUCAGGAGGGCAGAGCGAAGAGGAGGCUACUCUGAACCUGAACGCAAUGAACAAGCUGAAGGGGAAGAAACCAUGGUCGCUGUCCUUUUCAUUCGGCCGCGCUCUGCAGCAGAGCACGCUCAAGGCGUGGGCUGGCAAGGAGGAGAACGUCCAGAAGGCGAGGGCCGCUCUCCUCACAAGGUGCAAGGCGAACUCCGAGGCAACACUCGGGACGUACAAGGGUGAUGCUGCCGGAGGAGAAGGUGUCUCCGAGAGCCUCCAUGUCAAGGACUACAAGUACUGAUCAGGCUUGUUUAUUCUACCCGAUGAGUGUUUAAACAAUCGCAUUAAGUUCAAACUAAUGCUGGUCCGGGGGGAUCUUUAAUCUUUUGCUGCUUAAGAUGUUGCUUAAUAAGUUGGGGGGCGGUUUAUGCCUUCAACUUUUACGGUUUAGGUCUGUUAUCCCUCAUGCAUUUUGUUUUACUUGGAUAAUGACUGAUCUUGCGGUUUGUUCCUCUAAAAAUGAUUGUUGCUUGA